AUGGUGUAUGACUCAAGAUACUUGUGCGAAGUGGUAGAUAAGUGGCAGAUGCAGAACGAAGAACUUGAAAGCUCAAGACAAGAGUUUUCGGGCCCAUCAGGCAAAAGUUCCAGAAACCUGAAAUACAAAGAUUUCUUUGAUCCACUUGAAAGUGAUGAAGAUAAAGCAAGUGUUCAUGAUGAACUAGGUUCAAAUGAAGAAGAAAUGGCUGAAGAAAAAGACAUUUUUGACAUGGAUGAAGGUUUUGACCUUGAAGAAAAUGAAGACGGUAAACAACAUAAAGGAUUACGACGUGUGACCUUUGCUCUGCCAGAUGAUAAUGAAACUGAAGAGCUAAAUACCUUAAGUGUAAAGAAAGAUUCUGGCGAAAUUAAAUCAUCCUUUGAAAAAAGACAGGAGAAGAUGAAUGAGAAGAUUGCAUCUUUAGAAAAAGAGUUGUUGGAAAAAAAACCAUGGCAGCUUCAAGGGGAAGUAACAGCACAAAAGAGACCAGAAAACAGCCUUCUGGAGGAGACCCUGCACUUUGACCAUGCAGUCCGGAUGGGUACGUGUGCUCCCUGAAGUUCGCAAGAAACCACCCUUCAACUAGAAGAUAUUAUUAAGCAGAGGAUAAGAGAUCAGGCUUGGGAUGAUGUAGUACGUAAAGAAAAACCCAAAGAAGAUGCAUAUGAAUAUAAAAAGCAAUUAACAUUAGACCAUGAGAAAAGUAAAUUGAGUCUUGCUGAAAUUUAUGAACAGGAAUAUAUCAAACUCAACCAGCAAAAAACAACAGAAGAAGAAAAUCCAGAGCAUGUAGAAAUUCAGAAGAUGAUGGAUUUGCUUUUCUUAAAAUUGGAUGCCCUUUCAAACUUCCAUUUCAUACCUAAACCUCCUGCACCUGAGAUUAAAGUUGUGUCAAAUCUGCCAGCAAUAGCCAUGGAAGAAGUAGCCCCAGUGAGUGUUAGUGAUGAAACUCUCCUGGCCCCUGAGGAAAUCAAGGAAAAAAAUAAAGCUGGAGAUAUAAAAACAGCUGCUGAGAAAACAGCUACAGACAAGAAACGAGAACGAAGGAAAAAGAAAUACCAAAAACAUAUGAAGAUAAAGGCAAAGGAAAAGCAGAGUAAAUUGUUAGAAAAGAGCUGCCCCGAUCAGGCAGGGAAAUAUACCAAAGCAUUGGCCUCAAAUAAAUUAAAACAGUUGACAAAGGCAGGCAAAGCAUCCCUACUGAAGGAUGAUGGGAAAGACAAGGCCUUGAAGUCAUCUCAAGCAUUCUUUUCUAAGUUACAAGAUCAAGUGAAGAUGCAAAUCCAUGACAAGAAGAAAGCAGAAAACAGAAAUAAGAAAACACAAACUAUCUCUAUUCAUAAAUUAAAGCUAUGAUGUAUUUUUAAUAUGUAAAUAUUGUGAAAGCUUGUAUUCUUCAUUGCUCUGUUUUAUAUUAAAAGACCAUCUCUAAACUUGUAUGUGGAAAGCCAGGUUUUACUUUCUUCUUGUUAGGAAGCAGGAUCGUCACGUCAAGGCCCUUCCCAAGCACAGAAGCCAUUGUCUUUGCUUUUCCCAGGGAUCUAGGGAAGGACCAGUUAGCAAAAGUGGCCCGCAGCUUGAAUCGGGUUCAGGAGCCAACCACUCUUGUCAUAUCCAGCUGUCUGCAACAGACGGCCUCAUUCUCUGAAGUUGUGCUUUCCAAAAGCCGGUAGAAGGUUCUCCUACGUGCUUUACAUCCUUCCAUUUUGGAAGUGAUCAGUCAUCUGAGCACAGAUGAGUGUAGGCUGUAGGGUACUGUCCACAUUAGUACCACAAGGGAGCAAGACUGGCCUCUGCAGAGAACCAACAGGUGGUCAGUUUAAAGCUGACAGAAGGUCUACACAAGAUUGGGGGAAAGCAUGAGUUAGUACCGUAACUCAUUUGGAGGUUUUUCUUUUCGAGAGAGAUUUCCAAAGGGUACCUGUGAAAAAGCAUGGAGGGUUCCAUACCUGAUCUUCCGCUUCCCUUUUGUCAGACAAUACCCCACCCUCCAUUUUUUGCCUAUUCUGACACCAACUGUUCCAGAACAUAUUUCUAUACCGAUUCGAUAAUUUGUUGCAAUUUUCGGGUCAAUUAAUUAUGUGAUGUGCUUCUAAUCAAAGUCCACUUUCCACUAAAUGACUAUCUUGCUUGAGUCUUAGGAAGGUUGGGGAAGAUACUGAUAGGAUUCACUUGUGAGUAGAUUCCCUGGAAUGCCAUCCUGCUGUGUAUAUAAUGAGCCUUCUGAGGACUAUCAUUACCAGCAAGAGCAAGGGUCUCUGGACCUGAGAUCCCUGUGCUGUGAACCUGGAUUCAGAAGUCAGGAGGAGGAGGAGCAGAACCAGGAGCCAGAGCACGGAACAGAGUGCUGGACUUCCCUAACCCACAGAGCAAAUACAGUUGAGUGCUUUUGUGCAGGAGGCUGGCUUGUGGAUUAGGGUGUCUCUGGGCACUUAAUUGGGAAACGGGCUUGCUGACUCAGAAGUGGAGCUGAGGCUUGGAGUGGAGUGUCUGGGCAUUUAAUUCAAGUAGCUAGUUUUAUUGACCCAUGGUGCCUGAGCUGAAUACUUUCAGGCUGAGGCUUACAGCAGUGUGGAAUUUAUUGACAGAUCUGAAAAAACUUUGUAAUAUGCCCUGAUAACUGUAUCCUGAGUGUUUCUCACUGGCAUUACAAUUUCUUAAAUUCCUUAAUAAACCUGUUGUUGAUCAUUAA